GCCUGGUGCCAAGCAGAGGAAGUGGCCCAGAAGUGGCAGGGAGGGGGAUGCUCCAGCGGCCUCCUUCCCCGCUACGGCCUGUCCCUCUGUGUGUCUGUCCCUCUCCCUGGCCCCUCUGUCUGUCUGCCCCGGGAGACAAACCUAGGGCUUUCGCGGGGCUCCUUGCCCCGCUGCCACCAGGCCCCACUGCGUGGGGAAGCAAACGCAAAGCUGGUUUCCAGGGGGCAUGAUCCCUGCAAGGCACUGGGGGGCUAGGGGCUAGGACUCAGGGGCAGUCCCCCAGCAGAAGAGCCAGAGCCGGAUCUCCGAGGUCACUGGGAUAACGGACCCUGGGGACAGCACGCCCCUCCCAGGGAGAAAGGAGCCGGAUCCCUGGGGCCCUCCAGUUCUGCUUCUUCCUCACCCCUGGGGCACUGCAUGCUGGCUCUAUUGCGGGGCACAGGGAUCCAGGCGGGGCUCAUCCCCCCGGGCACUGCACGGGGCACAGGGAUCCAGGCGGGGCUCGUCCCCCCCCAGGCACUGCAUGGGGCACAGGGAUCCCGAUGGGGCUCGUCCCCUCAGGCACUGUGCAGGGCAGGGAUCCAGGUGGGGCUUGUCUCCCCCGGGCACUGCGCAGGGCACAGGGAUCCAGGUGGGGCUUGUCCCCCCUGGGCACUGCGUGGGGCACAGGGAUCCAGGCGGGGCUCCUCCCCCCAGGGCACUGCAUGGGGCACAGGCGCGGGGCACAGGGAUCCAGGCGGGGCUCCUCCCCCCAGGGCACUGCAUGGGGCACAGGGAUCCAGGCGGGGCUCGUCCCCCCCCGGGCACUGCGUGGGGCACAGGGAUCCAGGCGGGGCUCGUCCCCCCAGGCACUGCACGGGGCACUGGGAUCCAGGCGGGGCUCAUCCCCCCAGGGCACUGCGUGGAGCCACAGGGGUCCAGAUGGGGCUCAUCCCCCCAGUGCACUGCACGGGGCACAGGGAUCCAGGCGGGGCUCAUCCCCCCUGGGCACUGCGUGGGGCACAGGGAUCCAGGCAGGGCUCAUCCCCCCAGCGCACUGCACGGGGCACAGGGAUCCAGGCGGGGCUCAUCCCCCAGCGCACUGCACGGGGCACAGGGAUCCAGGCAGGGCUCAUCCCCCCAGGCACUGCGUGGGGCACAGGGAUCCAGGCGGGGCUCAUCCCCCAGGGCACUGCGUGGGGCACAGGGAUCCAGGUGGGGCUCAUCCCCCCAGGGCACUGCGUGGGGCACAGGGAUCCAGGCGGGGCUCAUCCCCCCAGGGCACUGUGUGGGGCCACAGGGAUCCAGGCGGGGCUCAUCCCCCCAGGGCACUGCAUGGGGCACGGGAUCCAGGCGGGGCUCACCUCCCCGCACCCCGGGCACUGUGCAGCUCCGAGUGGCUCAUGUUACACCAGGCAGCCCAUGGGGCCCCACGGCUCCGUUCGGUCCAGCCCCUGUGUGCUGCUCCGUGAGCUGCGGGCCCAGGCCAGGGGGGUCAGCCGGUCCGAUCCCCACGGGAAAGGGCUGCUGCACCCGGCAAUGCGGGGUGUCCUCACCCCUGUGCUGCGCCAGGGACGCCGCAGCCGCACACGCACGCACGCUGGCCCUGCCCCCGCCGCGCACACGCACACGCACACGCACACUCACACAGACACGCGCACGCACGCGCGCAGCAGCACAAUCACCAUGUCAGAGAUUUCGGCUCCGGCCCGGUUUUUUCCGCGCUGCGUCACGCGCCCGUGA